UUGAUGUCCUCGCCCCUCCUUGGAACCGUUAAUGAAUUAUUUUUUAAAUUUUUUUUAAAGAAAAAGAACCAAACCGAGAAAGCUUACGCAUAAAAAAAUCGGGAGGAAAUCCGCAGAAUUCGGUCGCAGAAUUCUCGAUGCUACGCCUGCGCUCCGCCUCGCUCCCAUUUAUAGCCGCCGUGGACCGCAGCGAACGCGCGCCGUUUCCCUCCCCGCGCCCGCCGGCGACCCCGUGAGGAGAUGUUCUCGCUCGCCGUUCCGACCGCCCUCCGGCCGCCGCCCAUGCUGGGGCUCUCACCCCACCUGGACCCUGCCGGCCGGUUCCGGCGGAGCAUUGGGCUGGUGGCCGCCCGGCCCUGCCUCCUCCCCCCGAUCCUCGCCGUGUCUCCGGGCAAAGAGACGACCGAGACCGUCGAUCUGCACUCCGCCGAAGCCUCCAAUGGCUCCGUUUUGGGGAAAAAGAACCUUGUGAUGUCAACUGUUGGGAAUUCGACAAACAUCUUAUGGCAUGAAUGUCCAGUUGGGAAGCUUGAAAGGCAGAAGUUGCUCAAGCAGAAGGGAUGUGUCAUAUGGAUCACAGGUCUUAGUGGUUCAGGCAAAAGCACGAUGGCAUGUGCACUGAGUCGAGAGUUGCACAGCAGAGGAUACCUGGCAUAUGUCCUUGAUGGUGACAAUCUUAGACAUGGGUUAAACCGAGAUCUUAGUUUCAAAGCAGAAGACCGUGCAGAAAAUAUACGCAGAGUUGGUGAAGUAGCAAAGCUCUUUGCAGAUGCUGGUAUUAUAUGCAUAGCUAGCUUGAUAUCUCCAUACAGAAGAGAUCGUGAUGCCUGCCGUGCUCUACUGCCAGAUUCUACAUUUAUUGAGGUAUUCAUGAAUAUUCCUCUAGAAGUUUGUGAAGCAAGGGAUCCAAAAGGCCUGUACAAACUUGCACGUGCAGGAAAGAUCAAAGGUUUUACUGGGAUAGAUGAUCCAUACGAGCCACCCUGGGAUUGUGAGAUAGUGAUAGAACCGAAAGAUGGGGAGUGUCCUCCUCCAGUAGCCAUGGCUGAGCAAGUAAUAUCAUACCUCAACAACAAUGGCUUCCUCCAGGAACAACUGUGAUUGUUUUCUGUCCACAACUCGUGGACCCAUUCAAAGCUGUUUUUGGCUGCAUAAGUGUAUUCUCUGUCAUUGGAAUUCUAGACUCCAAUAAGGCACAAGAAGCAACUACUGCCUGCCUGCAGUUGCCUUGUAGCAAUAUGCAUUUGUUCAGAUGUAAUUGCAUUCGCCAUUAGCUCGCCAGAUCAGUUUGCAGCUCGCAGACUUCAGCAUGGUAUUUGUGUUUGUAGGCUCUGCCCUGUGUCUUAGUGUAUAAGAGUUUCCCCAGUUCAAUUUCUUCAGGGUAUGCUGUAUCAGAAUUGGUAUGUAUUAUCAUGUGUACCAGUAUGCAAGGGUAUGUAAGCAUUGGAUGUUUGUGUUGGAAUGAAGAGGCAAUAAUUGUUGCUUCUUGUCCCCACGAUCGUUACAA